UUUGAAGAUCAAGUAGUCAUGGUGUACUUCUUAAAGGAUUUGCGGUGAAUCUGUUAAACUUGUUCAUGCUAAGGUUGAGCAUCACUGUUGAGAGCUACCAAUCUGAAUUUGUUUCAUCCCCAUGGCAUUAAAGUCAACCUACGUUUGUUUUGGGUCUUUGUAGUCUUUUGGUUCAGUGGGGGCAAGUAUUACAUCCUUUGAAGGGCAAGUGGCGCAACAAGUAAUGGAGGCUUCCUUCAAUUUAAUGGCUUUCAGCAGUUUGGGCAGAGGCCACCUCCGUUCAGCACCAAUUUCCAACAACCCCAACAAUUUCCACCAACACAGCAGUUCAAUAACCAAUUUCAACAACCCCAACAACAGCCGAUCCAAACCCAAUUCCAACGGCCCCAGUUUCAACAAACUCAACCGUUUCAACCCCAGUUUCAAUCCCAGUUUCAACCCCAGUUUCAACCCCAGUUUCAGCAAUCUCAGUCAUUCCAACAAAACCCAUUCCAACAAACUGGACAGGCUCAGCCUCAGUUCCAAUCGCCCCAACAAGCAUUUUCCCAAUUCCAGACACCCCAGUUCCAACAAACGCAAUUUCGGCCACCCCAACAAUUCCAAACGUCACAGCAAUUUCAGCAAACACCAUUUCGACCCUCCCAGCAAUUUCAACAAACAAGCUUCCAGCA